GGUCAACUCGUAACAAUUCCCCGCAACGCUCGUUUCCUCCCUCGGUUGGGGUUGCCUCGGCUCCGUUAAACAUUUCAACUUUUCCAGAUGCUAACGAGCGAGGAAACAUCAUCGCAGAAAUGGUUAUGAGGAAAGUUGGCAAAUAUGAGGUCGGGAGAACCAUUGGAGAGGGUACCUUUGCCAAGGUUAAGUUUGCAAGAAAUACCGAGACUGGAGAGGCCGUUGCCAUGAAAGUCCUCGCCAAAAGCACGAUCCUAAAGCAUAGGAUGGUUAAUCAGAUCAGGAAGGAAAUUUCCAUUAUGAAAAUCGUAAGGCAUCCCAACAUUAUCAGGCUGCAUGAGGUUUUGGCUAGCAGAACAAAGAUAUACAUUAUUCUCGAACUUAUCACAGGAGGAGAACUCUUUGAUAAAAUAGUUUACCGAGGAAAGCUUCCUGAGAAUGAAAGCAGGCAAUAUUUUCAGCAACUCAUUGACGCAGUUGAUUAUUGUCACAGUAGGGGCGUCUUCCACAGGGAUUUGAAGCCUGAGAAUCUUCUUCUUGAUUCACAUGGGAACUUGAAAGUUUCAGAUUUUGGAUUAAGCGCAUUGCCUCAGCAGGGGGUUGGUCUUCUUCAUACAACAUGCGGUACACCAAAUUAUGUUGCACCUGAGGUUCUCAGCCACCAAGGUUAUGUUGGUUCUGCAGCUGAUUUGUGGUCAUGUGGAGUCAUACUUUAUGUGUUGAUGGCCGGCUACCUUCCUUUUGAUGAAGCCGAUCUUUCAACCUUGUAUAGAAAGAUUAAUGCUGCUGAAUUUUCUUAUCCUACAUGGUUUUCUGUUGGCACCAAGUCGUUGAUAAGCAGAAUUCUUGACCCAAAUCCUAAAACUCGUAUACAUAUUGAUGGAAUUCGUAAUGAUGUAUGGUUCUCGAGGAAUUAUGUUCCUGUUCAAUAUAGUGAUGCUGAAGAAGUCAAUUUGGAUGACAUCCAUGCUGUUUUUAAUGACCUCGAGGAUCUGUUUGUAACUGAGCAAGUUGAGAACAAUGAAAUUGGUCCUCUUACAAUGAACGCAUUUGAGAUGUUUACAUUGUCCCAAGGGCUGAAUCUUUCUGCAUUAUUUGACAGACAACAGGAUUAUGUGAAGCGGCAAACUCGUUUUGUUUCACGCCAUCCUGCAAAAACAAUCAUUGCAAAUAUUGAAGCGGUGGCAGAGUCUGAGAGUCUUAAGGUUCAUUCGCGAAAUUACAAGAUGAGACUGGAAGGUGUUUCAUCAAACAAAAUGAGCCAGUUGGCUAUUGUGCUUGAGGUUUUUGAAGUUGCACCAUCACUCUUCAUGGUAGACGUUAGAAAGGCUGCUGGAGAUACUUUGCAGUAUCACAGGUUCUACAAGUAUCUCUGUGGCAAGCUGGAGCAUAUUAUAUGGAGACCAGCAGAUGGAGCUUGUAAAUCUGGAAUUCUGAAAAUGACCACGUAGCUUACAUUAGAGGAGUGUAAAAACGUGAAUAAGCUGCGUGGACGAUUCUGAACACCAAUAAUUGGAAGACAUGGACUACUAGCUUUGUUCUGGAUCCCGUAUGUAUCAUAAGUGUAUUUAUCCUCAGCAAAGUAGUUCCUCCGGCUACUGUCCAGUUCAUCUUCUAGCUCCAUAUUUUGUAUGAGCUUGCUUUGCUAGCACACAAGAUUCUCAUGUGUAUAAAGCACGUUUAUGAAUUUGUAACUGCUUAUGAGGAAACCCGUGAUACCUAAAGGGUUUCAUCGCUUCAAUAACCAAUUAUUUUCUUGUGUAACUUACGUGCAUAUCUCACAAUUCUUAUGCAUUUAUAUAUAUAAGAUCUAAAGAUUGGAUUUUUA